CAUAGACUAGACACAACACAUAACCUAUUUCGUUUUCAUAUUCAUAUAACAAAAAUAAAUACCUAAGCUAAAUAUUGUGAAUUAUUUAGGGAAUAUCGCUGUUAUUUCUGUAAGAAUUGAUAGAAUUAUAUUUGCUUAGAAUAUUAAUUUACAAUUAUGGCUACUGAAGCUACUGAUAAUAAAGAAGGUCAAUCAGAGACCGAAGAUAUCCCUAGUGAUUUUUUCGACGACUUCAAUAAAGAAGAAUUUAUUGAGGGUUUAAGCGUAAUAGAUAGUUGGGAUGAUGAUGCAGGUAAAAGGAGGAUUAACGCCGAAACAGUCGAAAGUGUUAAGGAUUUAAGAGAGCUCAUUCGUGACGGUAAACCGGUAAGAAGAGACCAAAACAGCGGAGGUGCGACUAGCUCGGAACGUAACAACCGAUCCAGCAGUCAAGACCUCGAUCGUUUCAUAAAGCCAGGAAGCCGGCGCGACCCCGAGAAAACUAAUGAAGCCAUCAAGAAAGACAAGGACAUGAAGGUGAAGGAGUAUCUAGCCAAGAGCCUCGAGUCCACUGACGACAUCCGGCCGCCGGGCACCGAGCUUGAUGACUUUUUCGUCGCAAAUUCGGAGAAGAAAGCGCUUAAGAAGGAGGUGAAGGAAGAAACUCAAGUGCCUCGGUCGCGGUCGCCGCGGGAGCGCCGGGCGCGCGAGUCGCCGCCGCGUGCGCGCGAGCCGCUGUACCGGCCGCGCCGCACGUCGCCCCCGCACCGCCGGGCCUCCCCGCCGCGCCGCCCCUCGCCGCGCCGCAAGGACUCGCCACCGCGCCGGCGGGAGCUGUCGCCGCGCCGCCGCGAGUCCCCUCGACACUACAGGAAGAGCCCUAUAAGGGUCCGGAGGUUCUCGCCCUCCCGCCGCAGCCCGCGCCGCAGCCCGCGCCGCAGUCCCCGCCGCGGCCGCCGCUCUCGCUCCCCCUACGGACGCUCCCCGGACCGCCGCCGCUCCCGCUCCCGCUCCCCUGCCUACCGCCGAUCACCUAACCGUGACAACUUCCUUUACCCUGACUCCAAAAAAGGUCCCCCUCAUUCUGCUCCUUAUGGUUCAAGUUAUCCUCCAUCUUAUGGGCCGCCGCCACACUGGGAAGGUGCUCCUCCUGGUGAAUAUCCUGCACCAGGUCCGGGGUAUCCUUAUCCAGCUAUGGGGCCUCCACCGCCAGGGGCAGCCUAUCCUGGAGGGUAUGGUGGAUAUGACUACUCACAGCCGCAGCCUCCGGGGAUGCCAGGGAUGCCGCCGGUGCCGGGAGUGCCAGCCCCUGCUCCUUACGCUGCGCCGGGGUACAUACCGCCAGCUCCUGUGCCAGCGCCGCAGCCGGUCCCAGCGCCAGUGCCCACCCCGGUGUUGCCGCCACCAGCAAUGGUUCCAGCCCCCGUUGUGCCUACUCCAGCUCCAGUCUACAAGCCCCCUCAAGUUGAAAACUCCAACAGCAAGAAAACGCCGUAUGAUGCCUUGGCACAAUUAGUGGCUGAUGGCAAGAUUUCGAAAGAAGACUAUCUCAAGCUGACACCAAAUAAAGAUAGAACUUGCAGAUUGAUUGGUUUAAAAGCCGCUACACCCAUGGAAUUGAAGGAAAAAGUUGAGCUGUUGAGUCGUUGCAACAGUGCCGUUAGCAAAUUGGCGAGUUUACACCUGCCGAACAAGUUGGUGAUAAUGAACCAGCUGGGCGGCGCUGAGCCGAAGGUUUUGAUGCCGAAGUUCUGCUCCCCGCUGAAGAGGCAGCCGCUGGUGGAGUUCCACUUCACGCAGGCGAACAGCAACUCCGCGGCGCAGAGGAACAAGGAGCUGAUCGACAGCAUCGUGGCCACCGUCGGGCUGGACCGCGUCGUAUCACGCCCUAAGAAGCGGGACCGCCGGGAGACCAGGGAAGUCGCCUGCCAGACUGUGAAACCCUUCUGUGAAGCGUGCGAGAUCCGGGAGGCCACCACCACCCGCCACGCCGGCACCUCCAUCGAUCCAGAUCACUUCUGCAGUUCUGCGCAUACGCAGGUUGUGGAGCAAGAUUUAAUCAGUUCCAAGUCGCAUUUCACCCCCGGUGGGGGCGCUGGCGGGGCGACCAUGUCUAUCGCCCACAUGACGCCGGCGCAGCUCGUCUCACAGCUCGCGGCGCGCGCCAAGACCCUCAAGCAAGACCCCGAGCCCCCGGCCGGCGCCCAGUACAUGCGCAGACCACAGAACAACUACGACUACGAUUACGACAGAGGCGGCAAUCAGUAUCAUAAUAACUAUGGAAAUUAUAGGUACUGAUGCUCGCUAAAUCGGAGUUCGGUUCGUGUUAAGUGCUUGUCGCAAAAUAAAUAUUUUUUUAUAGUUUCUGUAUAUCCUACAGGAAUAUCCUUACCAUUGUUUUGUACGCUUUAAAGACAGAAAAGGCUUUGGUAAUACUUUCCAUGUGAGAUAAAUAGGAACUAUAGGUACAGAUUCGACUAAUUAACCGAUAUUGAAGAACUGACUGCAUCUUGAUCUUGAAUAUCUAUUAUUACCUACAUAAGUAACUAAGCCUUUAUAAAUGUAUAUCUAGCUGUAAGACGUGAAGUAUACUUGGUAAGCUUCACUCAAUGCAUUGUUUUAUUUGUGAUGGGUUUACUAAAGCUCAAACACAUGCAGAUGCGAGACUCAGGACGGUAGACUCAAAGCAUAUUGUACGGUAUAUUUGUGCGUUUCUGACUGCCUAAAAAAUUAUUACCUAUUUUGUUUCAUUAUUAAAAUAGGUAAGUAUAAAUAAAUGGUCUUCGUAUGUGAGACUGAGAUAAGAUUUUAACAAAGAAGAUGGAUUUCAAUCUGCCAUGUGAAAUAUAACGUUUCUGUUAUUAUUAUUCAUUUUGAAUAUGAACCAUUUUAAGCUAUUAUACCUACUUAUGUAUUAAGUGUUUCUACCAAGAUUAUAUAAACAUGGUGCACCUACCUAUGUACUUACUGGGUUUUAGCCAUUUAAAGAAAAAACAUGUUUAAGAUGGUAAGUAUGUAUUGUAUAGCUAUAAGUUAUGUAAGUACCUAUAUUAUUUUGAAAUACUUAAACUAGCUGUCCAAGAAGUCAUCAAGCCACUUUUCAAGAUCUUCAGGUGAUUCUACUACUGGUCUGCUUGCCUCCUGCACUGGAUUGUCAGCCACUGAAGAGAUGAAGAAUUAAUAAAUAUAACAAUAAUAUAUCAAUAGUUUUUAGAUUACAAGUGCGUCAAUAACAUAUUUUUUUCAUAAGUAAUCUUUUGUAUUUCUAAUUUUAUUUGGCUUCCGCAAUUUCAGUGGUGGGAAACUAAAUAAAACUGGACCAAGCCGUUUAUUGUUAUCAUUCCAAAAUAAAUAUUUGAAGCCA